AUGCCGUUAGAACGAAGCCCAACGAAAAACAGAAACGACGAACAUCCAGAAAAUUCUAGAGUGAAAAUGCAAAAGGCAGAGCCCAAUGAGAAUAAUCUCGAAGACAAUGAAGUGGAAAUUGCCGUUGACGCUGAAACGAUGUUGCGAAUCAAAUCAUUGUCACGCCAACGACACCAUGUGCUCAACAAAGUGUUUCGGAUUCAAGAAGCUUUGGACCGCCGGCUUGGAUUACCAGAGCUAGAUGGGCUGUUAUGUAACUUGCAGUCCGCCUACACCGAAUUUUCAAGUUUCCACAGCCAAAUUGUAGCCAUCAUUCCUGAUGACUUAAUGGAACAAGAAGAAGCCGUGUAUGUAAGAUUUGAAACUCUAUAUAACAUUACGUUUGCCGGAGUGAAACAACGCAUCAUGGAUCGACAGGCGAAUCCAGCACCGCAAGUCGUGAUACACCAGCAGCCUCUUAAAGCACCAAUUCCGACUUUUGAUGGUGACUACACGAACUGGCCAAAGUUCAAGGCUAUGUUUCAAGACGUCAUAUCACUUUCUCGUGAUUCGGAUGCAGUGAAGUUGUACCACCUAGAUAAGGCGCUAGUCGGAGCAGCUGCUGGAGUACUGGACGCGAAAACGUUGAAUGAAGGAAACUACGCACAAGCUUGGAGGAUUUUAAACGACAGGUACGAAAAUAAGCGCAUGAUAGUGGAGACGCACAUCCGUGGUCUCUUAUCGUUGAAGAAAAUGGCAGCCAAAUCUAGCAAAGAACUACAACUUCUGGUCGACGAAUGUACGAAGCACGUUGAAAGUUUAGAAUACCAAGGUCAGCCGCUAUCAGGGGUAUCUGAGCUGAUGGUUGUGUAUCUGCUAACAGCUGCACUAGACGACUCGACAAGGUUGCAGUGGGAGCAGUCUUUGGCCCCUACUACCGAACUGCCAACGUAUAAAGAUACGGUGGAUUUCCUGAAAUCGCAAAGCAAAGUGUUGGAAAGAUGGGAAGCCGCCCGAUCAUUAACGACAACGAAGACAAUCUCUGUACCCAAGCAAUUUACUACGAAGCCGAAAUCAAUCAGCCAGCAGACACACGCAAUAGCAGCUCCAACCCAGGAACCGAAAGAUAAGUGCGAUUUUUGCGGCGGUUUUCACCUGAAUUACCAAUGUAAUAAGCUAAACGCACUACCCGCCAACGAACGAAUCGAGAAGGUAAAAGCAGCAGGUAUAUGUUUCAACUGCCUCCGUAAAGGUCAUCGAUCGAAGAACUGUCCGUCCCUCAAAACAUGCCGAAAGUGUCAACGGCGGCACCAUACUCAACUACACGACGACACCGCCUCAUCGACCGUGGAACCCAGAGACAACGUAGAUUCUGUUGUUCCCAACAUUGCAGCGAAGUCAACCAGCGAAAUAGUUCCUUCCAUGCCGAACCAGAACCGAAAAAGCGAGCCAUCAACUAGUUGCUCAUGUCAGCAAAUGCAAUCGCCGAAGACAGUUUUGUUGCUUACUGCGGUCAUAUUGGUAAGCGACAAAAAUGGACAAAAACUGCAAUGUCGCGUGCUCCUAGACAGCGGUUCACAGGUGAAUUUCAUCAGCGAGAAGUUUGCCAACAUCCUUGACAUCCGAAGAGAACCCGCAAAAGUACCAAUCGCUGGCGUUAACAACAUCCGAACAGUGGCUCGUGAUAAAAUCGAUGUGAGCGUCCAAUCUCGUUGCAGCGAUUUCCACGCCAGGCUACAGUGUUUGGUGAUUCCGAAAGUAACAGGUGCUAUUCCAUCGAAGACCAUCGACAUUUCCACCUGGAACAUUCCUGCGGGCAUUCAACUGGCCGAUCCAACAUUCUUCCGGUCCGAUAGCAUCGAUAUGUUAAUUGGAGCUGAAUUAUUCUUCAAGAUAUUAAAACCAGGACAACUAACCAUUGAUGAUAAUCUGCCAGAGCUCCAUGAAUCACAUUUUGGGUGGCUAUUAGCAGGAGCCAUUCAAACUGACCCAUCAUCCGAAGUCAUUCAGUACACGCAAGUUGCAUCCAUUGAAAAUGUUGCUGAUUCUAUUCACAAGUUCUGGGAGCUUGAAGAAUUGCCGACUGCUACGACGAUGUCAUCCGAAGAGCAACAGUGCGAGGACCAUUUUGUUUCAACGUAUCAUCGAGAACCAAACGGAAGGUUUGUGGUACGACUACCAAUGAACGCUAAUGUUAACGAACUGGAGAACUGCCGCUCAUUAGCAUUGAAACGCUUCUACAUGUUGGAGAACCGACUACAACGAAACCCCGAUCUGAAAAAACAAUACGUGAAUUUCAUCCAAGAGUAUCAGGACCUCGGCCACUGCCGAGAGAUAAGCGAAUCCGACAACACAAGCGAGAAGGCUUACUAUCUCCCGCAUCAUGCAGUUCUCCGGCCGAGCAGCUCAACAACCAAGUGCAGAGUAGUAUUUGAUGCAAGUGCUAAAGCAUCCGAAUGCCACUUUUCCCUCAACGACGUUUUACUGGUGGGACCGGUGGUGCAAAGUGAACUCUACGACAUUCUUCUGCGAUCCCGAAUGCACAGAUACGUUUUCUCGGCGGACAUUUCGAAAAUGUACCGCCAAAUCCGUAUGCACCACAACGACACUCGGUUCCUUCGAAUAUUCUGGAGAGAUGAACCGAAGAAACCAAUGAAGGUUCUGGAGUUGACUACCGUCACUUACGGAACUGCAUCUGCACCAUUCCAAGCAACAAGGUGCUUGACACAACUAGCCGCUGAUGAACGUCAAGAUUAUCCCAUGGCAGCAAACAUCGUAGCAAAGGAUUGCUAUGUUGACGACAUCCUAUCCGGUACCAAUACGCUAGAAGAUGCCAUUGAAUCGCAACGUCAAUUAAAAUGCAUGCUCGAAAAGGGUGGUUUUCCAAUCCACAAAUGGUGCUCCAAUUCGCCAGAGUUCUUGCAUCAAAUUCCUGAGACAGAAAGGGAACAAACGAAAAACAUCGAGGACAACGACAUCAACCAAGUAAUUAAAGUUCUUGGUUUACUGUGGGAUCCUUCAUCAGAUGAAUUGUUACCAGCUGGAAUUCCAAGUACCACCAAGGAUGACAACCGAUCUACGACGAAAAGGACAAUUUACUCCGAAGUUGCUAAACUAUUCGAUCCACUUGGAUUGUUCGCCCCUACCAUCGUUAUCGCUAAACUGCUUGUACAGCAACUCUGGCGAACUCAAAAGGCAUGGGACGAACCUGUUGACGACGAUACCAAAAAACAAUGGACCAAGCUAAAGCAGUCGCUACCUUUGCUGAAGGAUUUUCCUAUACCACGCCAAGUCACUAUCAACGAUGCUGUUAUCUUCGAGCUACACGGUUUCUCGGAUGCUUCAAACGUGGCGUAUGGAGCGUGCAUCUAUAUCCGCAGUAUCCAACCAGAUGGUUCUGCCAUAUCACGAUUGCUGACCAGCAAAUCCAAAGUAGCACCGUUGCGUGACGUUUCCAUCCCACGCAAGGAGUUAUGUGCAGCACUUCUUCUGGCUCGUUUGCUAGAAAGAGUACAAACGACAAUUGAAACGAAAUUCCACCGAGUGAUGUUAUGGUCUGACAGUGAAAUUGUUCUGGCAUGGCUGAAAAAGCAUCCUGGCCAACUGGAAGUAUUUGUACGAAAUCGAGUCGCCGAAAUCCAACGUCUCACCGAAGGUCAUCCAUGGAACUACAUUAGAUCAUCGAUUAAUCCAGCAGAUAUCGUUUCACGGGGUCAAUCGCCCGUGGAUUUGAUCACCAGCGGUCUUUGGUGGGAUGGUCCUCCAUUCCUAUCAGAGCCAAAUUUUGACAUCGAAACACCAGCAGAAAUUUGUGACAAUGAACUACCAGAGUUGAAGCCUACUGUGAUAGUGACGACGGUUUCUUUCGGAGAGCAGUACCCCGAACUGACAAGAUACAGCUGUUUUCGCAAAUUGCAACGAGUCAUCGCAUGGGUUCUGCGCUUCAAAAACAACGCCUGCAAAAAGACUUUGGAUCGGAAUCUACAACGAUACUUGAGCAUCAAUGAGCUUCGUCAGUCGUUACUGGUAAUCAUACGAGUCGUACAGCAUGUGGAGCUGAGCGAUGAGAUUCGCCGAAUAGAAUCGAACGUCAUGUGCAAACGUCUACGAGAUCUGCAUCCGGUUUACGACGGCGACAUACUUCGAGUGGGCGGUAGGCUCACACAAUCACGACUUCCUGAUUCAGCAAAGCAUCAAAUCAUUCUUCCGAAUAAAAAUCCUGUCAUCGAGUUGUUCAUUCGAGCAGUCCACAAAGAACAUUUGCAUGUAGGACCUGCAGGGCUGUUAUCAGCACUACGUCAACGGUUUUGGUUGCUCAAUGCACGUUCAACAGUACGCAAGAUAACCAGGUCGUGUGUGAAGUGCUUCCGAACAAAUCCAUCUGAUGUUUCCCAGCUUAUGGGGGAAUUGCCAAAACAGCGUGUAACACCAUCGUUCCCGUUCAGCGUCACUGGCGUCGACUACGCUGGUCCGAUGUUGGUGAAACAAGGAUUGUAUCGUCCGAAGGUAGUCAAAUCAUACAUCGCAGUAUUCGUUUGCAUGUCCACUAAGGCCGUGCACCUGGAGUUGGUGUCGGACUUGACAACCGAUGCGUUUAUAGCAGCGCUACAACGUUUUGUCAGCCGUCGGGGAGCUGUGUCAGAAAUGCAUUCCGAUAAUGCUACCAAUUUUCAUGGGGCUCAGCAUGAGCUUCAUCAUCUUUAUGAGCUUUUUCAGAAGGAACAUGAAGUAGAUCGAAUCGUCCAAUACUGCCAAUCGAAGGAGAUGGAGUGGCAGUUCAUUCCUCCAGAUGCACCAGAGUUCGGCGGCUUAUGGGAAGCCGCCGUCAAAAGCACGAAGUACCACCUAAAAAGAGUAAUAGGAAAUGUUACACUGACUUUCGAAGAAAUGGUCACGAUACUGUGUGAGAUAGAGGCUAUACUCAAUUCUCGCCCACUAUUUGCCGUUUACAACGACCCCGCCGAUCCUGAAGUAAUCACGCCGUCCCAUUUUCUAAUCGGUCGUCCGAUGACGGCUAUUCCGGAGCCAACCUACAAUGAUGUAAACAUCAACCGUUUGACUCGAUGGCAGCACAUUCAACUAGUCCGUGAGCAUUUCUGGAGGGCGUGGUCCAGAGAUUAUUUGGCUAGCUUGCAGCCUAGGAAGAAAAACAGAAUGGAAAUCAACAACGUUCGGCCAGGUAUGAUAGUACUUCUCCAUGACAAAAAUCAACCACCGCUCCAAUGGAAGCUUGGUCGUGUGACAGCCGUAUAUCCUGGUCCAGACAACUUGGUAAGAGCUGUUGACAUCUUCAGUGAAGGAUCAACGUUCAGACGAGCCAUCACAAAAUUGUCAAUUCUGCCUAUCGAAGAUAACCAAAGCCAACUAGAUGAGAACACGAGUAGCAAUGAUGAACCGGUGGUUCGCCGGGGGUACUCCGUGGUGAAACGUGCUUGCGAACCCGUCGGACCACAACCAAGCCAAUACCAAGUCUGCAAGUCCAACAUCCGCUCCGGGAAACGGGUCAGCGAACCCGUCGGACGCCAAUCAGCCACGUGUAAAGUGACACGACCAACAUCUGCUCCGGGAAACGGGCCAGCGAACCCGUCGGACGCCGACCAAGCCAACGAACCCGUCGAAAGAACCCAGCCACGUAACGAGUCUACGAACCCAUUGAACGCCUCCGGCUACCUACUAGGUGUCAUCACGCCAUCGCCGUCGCAUGCAUCCUGCCCCUUGUUCCGAGACAGCCAACUCUACAAACGCUUCCGGCGAACAACCAAGCGACGCCACGUGUUCACCGUCGGCUUUAUCUUGGCCCUCCUUCUGGGCCAGCCAACCCAUUCCAUCGUUCCGGGCGUAUGA